CCUGGGGGGACCGGCCAAUGACGGCCGCUCGCCCCUACGUCACAUCCACAUCCGGGGCGGAGGGGAGGGAAAAUGUCCCCUUAUCUUUUUAUGAACAAGUUGCGGGAAACAUGCACGCCAUUUGUUUGAGAUAAGCGUCAUGGAAGCAUGAAAUCGAGAGUAGCGCGUGCCGGGAAGGAGCCAUGCUGGGGCGCCGAGCGGCCCUGGCCCAGCUGGCUGUUCCACCGACCGGCGUCUGUCCUGCCCGCAGAUACCCGGACCUGGGUCACAGUGCUCGCCGUGCUGUUCCACUCCACGAUGAGUGCGCCCGUUUCGCGGACCGGCGACAGCAGCAGCAGCAGCAACGAUCACCCGCUCUGGGUCAACCCGUGCAACCUGCCCGACGACGCCAGCGGACACGCCGACCACCUGAGCCCGCAGGACGUACGCAACAUGCUCGACGCCGUGGCCAACCGCGCCCGGGUCGCCAGCGAGGAGGCCGACAAGGCCAAGCGCCGAUUUCUAGAGAGGACCUUCUCGGACUCCGAGUUCGAGGACUCGGUGGCCUCUUACAUGCAGUCGUGGCUGCCCAAUGUGCCAACGCCGUCCCAAGAUCACUUCAAGUCCAUGACAAAAGAAGAGGCGUACAAGACGACGUUCGGCUACGUGCAGUACUACGCCGUGGGGCUGGAGCAGGCCGUGCUGGACCAGAUCUUCCACAACGGGCCCUUCCACCGGCUCUUCCUGGAGAUCCAGCAGAACCUCGGCCAGCUGCUGUGCGAGCUGCAGAUCGGCAUCGUGCACUUCAAUGUGGCCAAGAAUCCGGACGUGCUGCGCGACGUGAUGUCGCACGAGUACCGCGACAUCAAGCAGGACAGCCAGCGCAACCUGCGCGACUACAUCAUCCUGCGCGAGUACAUCCGGCUCACCCGGUACAUCUCCGAACUGUUCGCCUACCUGCGGGACCACUCCUAAGGGCGCCGCCGCGGACGCUCGUGCAGUGCCGCCCCGCCUCCUAAUUUAUUCCUAUUUAUUAAUUUAUUGACAAAGGAACACUCGCCACCCGUGGCGGAACCCGUGGUGCGGCGUGACUUGUGUGCGCGCGCGCCCCAGCGCCGCCGCCUCCAGCACCAAAGAAUUGACACUUCCUUAUCGGACGGACCACCAGUGCGCGCCUGUCGUGUGUGUGUGUGCGUGUGUGUGUGUGUGUGCACGUAUGUAUUAUGCCUGCGCGCGACCUUGUUCCCCCGUUGUAGUUCUCGUCAGUAGGCUGUGUCUAGGUAAAAGAGCAGAAAAAAAAGGUUAAAAAAAAGCUAGAGUGGGAUCUGAAAUUUUCAGCCCUCGCAGGGAGGUGAGAUGUAAAACUUUCCUUCAAUGUCCACUUACGGGUCGCGUGUAAAGACCCAGGGUUGCUACCGGCAACGACAUACUCACGGGACUUGCUCUUAAAGGUUUACAAUUGCCAGUUUUUAAGCUAGCAUGCAAAAAGAGCUUACGUCUAUUCGACGUAUUUGUCUCCGUUAUAGGGCGGUCAUUUUAUUGGCGUCAUCUGAUUUUAGAUAACUUGCUGGAGCGAUAAUUCUUGAAAACGAGGUUUUAGCGUCAAAUAUUAUGGCAGAGACCUGACUUGAAACUUUUUUUUUUCCCCACUCGUUAUUCGCUGCUCUCGCAGCAACAGAAGACAUUCCUGCGCUGAAGUUGUAGAUAUAAGAAUGUUUGUGGGCGUCUGUGCGUGUUUAUGUGUAUAGUGUCUACGGUGAACUGUCCGACAGCGCGAUUCCCCCGUUCCGGCAGCAAUGGUCACGCACGCUAGUCUCGCACCUGUACUCGCUGCAACGUGCACCCUUCCGACAAGAGACUUGUCUGGAGAAACUACCUCAGUCUUCGCGUGCGGCCCUCGCAUGUGCCGAGCAGCUAUUCCCGCACGCCGUCGGGCACCGUAGGUAGGCUGCGCCGCCACGUGCCGAAGCCGGUGGCACGUGCACAGUGUAGUCGCCGUGUGUCGCACAUCGCCAGUCGCUCAGUCAAGCCGCCUGACAGGAAAGAAAAGAACGAUACCCGUUUAAAAGCAAACGUAUUCGAAGCAUGCAUUUUUUUUACCACGCGUUCAGUCAAAGAGAGCAAUCGGGCAUCACUCGCCCUCGCAAAGUAUAAGGCGCCCGACGCUAUUAGCUUCGUAGCUGGCGCAAGAAAGGCAAUGCGCGUGUAACGCCGACUACGCGUUCGUUAAGUGUGAAAGAGUGGAGGGAGAGGAUGGGGGGGGGGGAUAUGAGCAACUGGGAGCGAUCAAUUACAGCUUGCGAUAGCUCUCCGUGAUCCUGACUUCGGUGAAAGUAAACGAAACAAAAUACGAUUCAGCGUCGCAGUUUAAAAGCGCGAGUUCAUUUCCGGAACAUAAUCAUGAACGCAACGCGGUUUUCUUUCCUGCUGUUCAUUGUAAGCAUAUACGCAUGCGAACACCUUGACCACAUGAGAACGCUGCUCGGAAAUAUGGAAAUCAUAGAGCCCGACCAAAUUUAGACGCCUAAUUAUGCGUUUACUCAAGGAAAAAAAAGAAUACUAGACUAUGACUAUCUUUGUUGUUUAAAAUUUUGUUUCAUAUCUCCCUGUUGCGGAACAACUAGCGUGGGGACAGUCCGGUGCUUUUUCCAUGUCUUUUACGCAGCUUGUAUCGGGAAACCAAGCGGCAGCUAUUUAUAACCGGUACCCACUCACAACAAUCUCGUCACACAUAUAUAAAAUAGUGCUCGCAUCGCCCGUUGGUCACAUGCACGCUACGUUGUGCGAUCCCACCGAUGCUCGAAGAAUAAGCCAAAUGAAGAAAAAAGAAAUUAACAUUCAGGCACGAGUCGGGAAGGCACAGAACCGUCGCUGGCUGCGACAGCUUGGAAGGCGGGAACAACACGCGUAUCGCGCACCCGCUCUGGCUUUAAGGCUAGCAUGGCUGCAAGUAGAGGGCGAAAUCGACCUGUUUUCCUAAUGUUUUCUUUUUUUUUUUCAUCCCAGUUUCUAUAAACUACACGUUACUCAGCAAAAUAAAAAUGAAAUAAAAAAUAAAUAAACGUGAAGAUCCUGCUUCACCUUACCCGGUUCACGGCGGCCAUUGUGCGUGUACGCCAUAACGUCCCUGUUUCGUAAACUGCUGAGCUCUUUGCUUCAAUAGAGUAGAGGAAAAUCGGUUUUCAGAGCUUGCAGUCGCUGUGCCAAACUGCUCCAACCUGUCCACAGCGUAAAGUCGUGGUUUGCCGACAGUGUCAUGGUGGGAAGUUGUAAUAGAAUCGAAAAAAAAAAAAAUAACCAAGUUGGGGAGAUCAGGUUCCAUCCACGUCGCCAGCAGGGCGCGCAAACGGGAGCGCAAAUUGUGGACAAGUUAGCCCCCCCCCCCCCCUCCCCCCCAUUUCUUUGUCCGUGUAUACACUUGAACCAUUGGUACGGUACUACAUUCGCGCUGUUACCCGGACGACGGAACUGCCACACAUACACUAUUGUUUUGCGGUUGUGAACACUUGUUCCGCGUAGGGAAAGCAAGGCUGCUCCUCCAUGUUAACCCUGAAAUUUGAGCCGAAGAGUUGCUUUGUAUUCUUUUCUUUUUUUUUUUUGUCUUUCAAUGUUCACAUGCUGCCAAGUUGCAGCGGCACCUUUGUCGUUCUGUAUUCUAUUGCCCUCCCAUUGUUAUUUAAUACUCAUCGACACCAUGGCAUGUAAAACAUACAUUGAUGUGUUAUUUCAUUACGACGGAAUUUCUGGUGCUACCAGUCUUAUGUUCCAUCUAUUCAGUGGCGUGUGACGCUCUACUUAAACCAGAGAACAUGCAUGAAAAACGUGUUAUUCUGUUUUACAUUUUUUUUAGGCUCGCUGCAAAUGUUGAAAUAUAAAGAAACAUUCUUUUACGCAAACAAAAUGUGUGUUUCGGCGGUCUGCGUCGUCGGGGGGGGGGAGGGAGGGGCUUCAUCAAAAGUCUGUAAAAAAUAAAAUCGCAAAUGUGAAGUCUAUAUAUCAGCCCGUGCAGAAGCUCCAGGUCUCUUUUCCUGGCAUGCAGUUUACGUCUUAGCGAUAUAUCCAGAAGGUCGUUACGGCUUUCUGAGGUAAAAAAGAAAAGAUAGAGGAGUAAUGUAAGUAAACCCGGGUGUGAUAUCUACUUUCUUUUUUUUUUCUAGCCAUGUGCAGGUCACACAGACAAAGUUGAAGGGAGGUCGAAAGAAAAUAAGCGCAGAGCUGUGCAUUUAGGUCUCCUUUCCAGAGCCUGCUCCGCCGCCAUUCACGGCGCGAGCUGAGCGUGCCGCAGCCGACGACGCAGGUGACAGAAACGCGUGCUCGUUUGGCUCCGACAUGAGCGCGGCGGCGCUUCUCAGCCGCGCGGCGGAGGAGGAGCGCGGCGCGUCUCUUCUUUGGCGCACGUUGUCUGCUGUAAAUAACCCGCAGCCACAAAGCGAACGAAGCUCGUGCGGCUCCGUCGAGAGGCGGAGAAGCACCUGUACAUAUACCCAGUUCAAAGCGUUCCAGCCUCGAGUAAUUAGUUUUUUUUUUUUCCUUCGUCGCGCAUUGAGGCUGCCUCCAUGUGAUGAGUGCUUCAAAAUAAAUGAAAGCGUUUUAUUUGA